UCGUAUCAAUCGAUCUCUCUCACACUCGCUUGUGAAAUCCCUAAAUCUCCAAAAAAACCCUCUUCUCUUCUCUGUGUCUGAAGACGAAAUACACAGUUCUUUCGAUCUUUAGCAACCGUUAGCAACAGAGAUUUCUUUUUCUUGAAUCUUGAUUCUUGAUUCUUGAUUCAAUCCUCCCUCUAUGUAUAUAAACCUUAUUCAAAGAGCCAUGACUUCUCUAUCUCUUCCAAUUUUGUUCUUCUUCGCAUUCCCUCUUCGUCCAAAGAACAAACACCUUCCUUUACAAUUCUUCUCUUCAUCUUCCCUUUACCAAAGAUCACGAGCACAAGAAUGGUGGAGGAACAGAAUGUAUGGGGCUUCGGUAGCCACAUCUCGGAAUCGGCCUUGUUCGACUUCUUUGAUAGGGGGCGAACUACAUCUUUAGCGUCUGUUACGCUUCACCGAGAUGCCAUGAACAACUCGCUUCGCCGAGCUACUUUGAUGUACGGAUACAAAGACGAAGCUAAAGCUGUAAGUAGAGCUCUGAGUGAACUCCCCCUCGGCCUUGGAGAGAUACACAUGUCGUUAGAGUCUUUUCCCGAGGAGGAAAUCCCUGCGAGAGUGGUUAGUAAUCAGAUGAUGACGACGGCGACGCCUUUAAUUGUAACUGGAUUACAAGCUUCUGUGCCACUACAAAGCUACCCCACGUAUCAAUUGUUCCCAGAUCAUCAGAGUAAUUUGCCUCGGCAAGGACCCCCUAUGUCUCAAAUAACUGGAUCCCAAGGCCCUCUGCCUUUGCCAUUGCAAAGCACGACAUCUCACUUGUCAGUCAUGUUCCCAGAUCAUCCGAGUAAUUUGCCUCGGCAAGGACCCCCUAUGUCUCAAAUAAAAGUAUAUGUUGGGAAUAUUUCCAGUACCACAACUGAGGAUCAAUUGAGAAUGGUGUUUAGUGCUCAUAGACAUGUGGAGAAUGUAUCAAUAAUCCGAACAGAUGGUGCAUUUAUCAAGUUUAAGGAUGUAGAGGGUGCAACGGCGGCAAUCACUCAUUUGAAUGGUUUCAAUUUUGAGGGUAGAGUGUGGCAUGUCCGUUAUUGGGUUAAAGAUCGGCGAGAAGAGAUCAGGCAAGGAAUGGAGAAAAGAACAAUCUGCUAUGUAAGAAACUUCAAGUAUGACUUACAUGAAGCUGGUUUGAGAGAAAUGUUCCAGCACUGCGGAGAAGUUUCUUAUUGUAAGAUUAGAAGAGAUCCAACGGGAAAGAGUAGGGGGGACGGGUUUCUGGAGUUUACCACACCCGAAGCAGCAUCAGAGGCGAUGAAGUUGGAUGGGAAACUCAUUGUUGGUGGCAGGACUAUAUAUGUGAAGCCUGCCAAAUCAAAGGAAUGAAGAGGGUCUCUUGUAAGUGACAACGGAUGAUGUGAAGACUUAUUUUUCGUUAAAACAUGUGUGUAAGGUCAAAAACAGGACAUCUCGUUACAGAGAAGUAGAUAUUACUACAACUUCAAUCCACUUUUUUUUUUUUUUUUCCUUCUGAAUGUGUAAAAAGAUUA